AUGGCUCCGACACCUGCGGUGCCGGAAGCGGACCACCAGGACGACGACGACGACAUCCCGGAAGGGACCGGGGUAGACCUGAGAGUGGCGGUACGUAGGCUCAAGGCCAGGAAUACCGCCCCAGGACCCGAUGGCUUGCCUGGCAAAGCCUGGGUCCUGGCCUCGGAGGCUCUCGGGCCCCGACUGGAGGGGCUCCUAAGCGCAUGCUUGGAGAGAGGCCAAUUCCCGCUUCGUUGGAAGACGGGAAAGCUGGUCCUCAUUCGGAAGCCGGGGCGCCCUGCGGACUCUCCGUCCGCAUACCGGCCCGUGGUGCUGCUCGACGAGGUGGGCAAGCUCUUUGAAAGAGUAAUUGCAAACCGCCUCGCCGAGCACCUUGCGGGGACGGGGCCGGAUCUUGCGGAACACCAGUUUGGUUUCCGCAAGAGGCGCUCUACGGUGGACGCCAUCAUGCGCGUGAGAGCCCUCACGACGGGGGAUGCAGUGGCCAGGGGGGGGGGGGUUGUCUUGGCGGUGUCUCUCGACAUCGCCAACGCCUUCAACUCCAUGCCCUGGAGCUGCAUUAGGGAGGCACUCCGGUAUCACCGGGUGCCGACCUAUCUCCGUCGUAUAGUCGGGGACUAUCUGACGGACAGGGCCGUCAUCUACCCCGGUCGAAACGGAGAGUGGAACCGGCGAGAGAUGUCGUGCGGUGUCCCACAGGGUUCGGUUCUGGGGCCGCCCCUGUGGAACAUCGGUUACGACUGGGUGCUGCGCGCCGACCUCCCUACCGGCGUCAGCGUAGUUUGCUACGCUGACGACACGCUGGUACUGGCACAAGGGGGGUCGUACGAGGCGGCGGCGGAAACUAUGACAUACGGGGUUGCGAUAGUCGUUGAGAGGAUCCGGCAACUGGGUCUCGAGGUAACUGUACGGUUCAAAAUUCCUUCCUUCGUGUACCUGUGGAGCAGUGAAUGGAACGUUUCGACGUAUACUUCACGCUCGCGAUCAUUGAGUUCGUGGGGCAACCAUUUAGAAGUCGCUAGUGACACCGUAAACAUCGAGCUCGUAAAUAAAAAUAGCAAAUGA